AUGAGCCCUGGUCCUCCUUCACCAUUUACAGUUAUUGGCACUUCAAAUACUCAAACUGCACCUCAGUCAUCAUCCACAGGAAUUGAAGAACAAGAAGAACCGUUAUAUGUUAAUGCUAAACAAUACCAUAGAAUUUUAAAACGAAGAGCAGCCAGAGCUAAAUUAGAGUCUGAAAAUAAAAUAAAUAGAGGUCGAAAGUCUCGUCAUAAGCAUGCAAUGAGGCGUCCACGUGGACCUGGCGGGAGAUUUCUCACAGCAUCAGAAAUUGCAGAAUUAGAAAGAAAAAAGAAACCAGAGGAUGUUGCUCAAGAACUACAAUUGGGAGAUCAGCAACAACAUCAUCUUGAUGCACAUUUUCGCUUUGCGUUUCCUCCAACUAGAAGUUCUAAUUUAACAUUCACCGCUAAUCCUCCUUGCGGUGGAGCUGACUUUAAUAGUAGUUCACUCACUAAUUUUCCAAUUAAGGGUGGCCAAGCCAUAGUUUAUAUUGGACAUGGGGAAGGAAACUUUAUAAUUAAUUAUUAUGAUACUCCAGUAUCAGAACUUCAGACUGUUAGCGUCGCAGAAGGUAUAGGAGGUAUGAAUUAUACAGCAUCCAUUGAUUUUUCAAAAACAAAUGCAACAGUCGGUAGCCAAGGCGUACUCCAAGCCAUAUUCAAAUCAUCAACCAACGCCUCAGUUAUUUGGUAUAAUUGUGCUGAUAUCAAUAUUGUCGAGCAAGCGAAAACAA